GCUUCUAGCGCAGCCCCCCGGGGUGCCCAUCCAUUUCCUGGGGUGACUACAGCGUGUGUCUUGUUUUUCUUUCUUCCCCCCGUCCCUGUGUGCCCUUCUCCAGGAUGGCAGAGGCGGAGUUGCACAAGGAAAGGCUGCAAGCCAUAGCAGAAAAAAGAAAGAGGCAGACUGAAAUAGAAGGCAAGCGGCAGGAACUUGACGAGCAGAUACUUCUGCUGCAGCAUUCCAAGUCCAAAGUGCUUCGGGAAAAAUGGCUGCUGCAGGGUAUCCCCGCUGGAACUGCCGAAGAGGAGGAAGCCAGGAGGCGGCAGUCUGAGGAAGAUGAGUUCAGAGUCAAACAACUGGAAGAUAACAUCCAGAGGCUGGAGCAGGAAAUACAAGCGCUAGAAAGCGAAGAGUCCCAGAUAUCUGCCAAAGAGCAAAUCAUCCUAGAGAAACUAAAGGAGACAGAAAAAUCCUUUAAGGACUUUCAGAAGAGCUUCUCCAGUGUGGAUGGAGAUGCAGUAAAUUACAUUUCCUCCCAGCUCCCUGACCUGCCAAUCCUCUGUUCACGAACAGCAGAACCAUCACCUGGGCAGGACGGGACUAGCAGAGCCACUGCUGUGUACGCCAUGGAAAUUAAUGUGGAGAAAGACAAACAAACAGGAGAGACCAAGAUUCUCUCUGCAUCCACCAUUGGCCCAGAGGGGGUCCAUCAGAGAGGAGUCAAAGUCUAUGAUGACGGUACCAAAGUAGUAUAUGAGGUGCACUCAGGAGGCACUGUGGUAGAAAAUGGAGUGCACAAGUUAAGCUCAAAGGAUGUAGAAGCGCUUAUUCAGAAGGCGGGACAAUCAAGCUUCAGAGGAGGGCACGUGUCAGAAAGAACUGUGAUCGCAGACGGGAGCCUCGGCCACCCGAAGGAACACAUGCUCUGCAAAGAAGCCAAGUUAGAAAUGGUACAUAAGUCUAGGAAAGAUCAUUCUUCCGGGACCCCAGGGCAGCAGCCCCAAGCCCCCAGCACUGAAGGGCCCGAGGCCAACUUGGAUCAACCAGUCACCAUGAUUUUCAUGGGCUACCAAAAUAUCGAGGAUGAAGAGGAGACAAAGAAGGUGCUAGGCUAUGAUGAAACCAUCAAGGCGGAAUUGGUCCUCAUUGACGAAGACGAUGAGAAGUCAUUGAGGGAGAAGACAGUGACAGACGUGUCCACCAUCGAUGGGAAUGCGGCCGAGCUUGUGUCCGGGAGGCUGAUCUCAGACACCACAGAGCCCUCAUCCCCAGAAGGAAAGGAAGAGAGUCUGGCCACAGAGCCAGCCCCAGGGGUCGGGUGGGAGAGUAUGCUGCUAAAGGGAGAUGAGGCAGCCUCAGAUGCCACAGAAACAUCCAGCGCAGACAUGACUGUCAAGAAGCCUCCCCAGCUUUCUGAGGAUGAUAUCCGGCUAAAAAACCAGCGAGACAAAGGCAGUGCCAGCCCCUCGGAGCCUGCAACCAGCUCCCUUCCCCCAGACCACAAAAACAUGGAAAUUGAGGUCUCUGUUGCGGAAUGUAAAAGUGUUCCCGGAAUCACCUGUACCCCACAUUCCAUGGACCACUCCUCCCCUUUCUACUCACCCCCCCACAAUGGCCUCCUGGGUGAUCACCAUGAAGCUCUGGAUAAGGAUGUGGCCAGAGAGAUCCGCUAUCUAGACGAGGUGCUGGAGGCCAGCUGCUGUGAUUCUGCUGUGGACGGAACUUACAACGGUACAUCGUCCCCGGAGCCGGGUGCAGCCAUCGUGGGGGGUGGCCCAAGCCCACCCGGCCACGCAGCCGUCCAGCCGGACCCCCCGGAGAGGGCAGCAGGUAGACAGGCCCCUCCUCACACUGAGCUCAGUACCAGCUACUCUGAGGCCAUGGCAGAGGGCGGAAAAGCCAAUGGCCACUCCCCCGCCCAGCCCCGAGACCUGCUGGGGGACAGCCCGCAGGCCCCCGCGAGCCCCAGCUCCUCCACCAGCUCGCGGUGCUCGGGCCGCGACGGGGAGCUCACGCUCACCACGCUGAAGAAGGCGGCCAAGUUUGAGCUGCGUGCCUUCCACGAGGACAAGAAGCCCUCCAAGCUCUUUGAGGACGACGAGAACGAGAAGGAACAGUACUGUGUCAGGAAGGUGAGGCCUUCGGAAGAGAUGCUGGAGCUGGAAAAGGAAAGGAGAGAGCUCAUCCGGAGUCAGGCGGUGAAAAAGAAUCCUGGCAUUGCGGCAAAAUGGUGGAAUCCUCCCCAGGCCAAAACCACGGAGGAGCAGCUGGACGAGGAGUCUCUGGAGUCGCACAAGAAGUACAAGGAGCGCAAGGAGAGAAGAGCGCAGCGGGAGCAGGGGCCGGCGCCGCGGCAGCCCCUCCCCCCGCAGCUGUGCGCGGCCCCUGCCGCCGCGAGCGAGCACGCCGGCGCGAGCGAGCACGCCGGCGCGAGCGAGCACGCAAAGGAGGACGUCGUCACCGAGCAGAUCGACUUCUCCGCCGCGCGCAAGCAGUUCCAGCUCAUGGAGAGUUCCAGGCCAGCAGUGGCCAAGGGCCAGAGUACACCCAGGCUCUUCUCUAUCAAGCCCUUUUACAGGCCUCUAGGGUCAAUCAACUCAGACAAGCCACCGACCGUCUCGAGACCAGCUUCCAUCGGGGGGCCACCGGAAGACGGGGGUGCAUCAGCAGCCAAGGGGCAGAAAGCCGGCUGUGCCCUGGAGAGCCAGUCUUCGGGGGGAAGCCAGGGCAGCACGGCCCCUCAGGGGAAGGAAGGGCCCUACAAUGAGACUUCCAAACGCGGGCCCUUAUCCAAACUGUGGGCAGAGGACGGGGAGUUUACCAGUGCCCGGGCCGUCCUCACUGUGGUCAAGGAUGACGACCCUGGGAUCUUGGAUCAGUUUUCCAGGUCAGUCAAUGUCUCUCUGACCCAAGAGGAGCUUGACUCUGGUUUGGAUGAACUGUCAGUGAGGUCCCAGGAUACCACUGUCCUGGAGACCCUGUCCAAUGAUUUUAGCAUGGACAACAUCAGUGACAGCGGGGCAUCCAAUGAGACCACCAAUGCCCUCCAGGAAAACUCACUGGCCGAUUUUUCUCUGCCCCAGACUCCGCAAACUGACAACCCUUCCGAGGGCCGGGGAGAAGGCGUCUCCAAGUCAUUUAGUGAUCACGGUUUCUAUUCCCCUUCGUCCACACUGGGAGACUCGCCCUCGGUUGAUGACCCCUUGGAAUAUCAGGCUGGUCUCCUGGUGCAGAAUGCCAUUCAACAAGCCAUAGCCGAGCAAGUGGAUAGAGCCGUGUCCGAAACCAGCCAGGGUGGGACAGAGCAGCAGCGACCUGGAGCAACUCUAGAGGAAGCCGGAACUGGGGCUCCCGGCUCAGAGAAGCCUCAGAGCACGUUUGAGCCACCCCAGGUGUCCUCUCCUGUUCAGGAGAAAAGGGAGGUGUUACCAAAGAUUCUGCCUGCCGAAGACAGGGCACUCAGGGAAAGGGAGCCCUCCCAGCCGACGCCUGCAGUGCAGCCCAGUGGCCCGGUAAACAUGGAGGAGACCAGGCCCGAAGGGAGCUAUUUCAGCAAGUACUCGGAGGCAGCUGAGCUGAGAAGCACAGCCUCGCUCCUGGCCACUCAGGAGUCCGAUGUGAUGGUUGGGCCCUUCAAGCUGAGGUCCAGGAAGCAGCGGACUUUGUCCAUGAUCGAGGAAGAGAUCCGAGCAGCCCAGGAAAGGGAAGAGGAGCUGAAGAGGCAGAGACAAGUCUUGCAGAGUACCCAGAGCCCCAGGGCAAAGAAUGCCCCGUCGCUGCCCUCCCGAACAUCAUGCUACAAAACCGCGCCAGGGAAAAUAGAGAAAGUCAAACCUCCUCCAUCCCCCUCACCUGAAGGCCCCAGCUCACAGCCUGACUUAGCCCCCGAAGAGGCUGCCGGAUCCCAGCGGCCCAAGAAUCUGAUGCAGACCCUCAUGGAAGACUAUGAGACCCACAAAUCUAAAAGGCGUGAGAGAAUGGAUGAUAGUAGUGUCCUUCAGGCCACACGGGUUAAUCGAAGAAAGAGCGCCCUGGCCUUGCGCUGGGAGGCAGGGAUCUAUGCCAACCAGGAGGAAGAAGACAAUGAAUAACAAACUUCCUUCCACCCAGGAAGCUUCUUUGGUGCUUGGGUUACCAAGGAACCAAGAAAUCCACACACUGAAGCAUUUUAAUGGAAUAUUUAUUAAAGUGCGAACAAACUCCGCAAUCCUUACGUAGACCAGAAGCUGCAAUGACCAACGAUGAAAAAUCAAGUAAAAAGAACCCACCCAUCAAACUCUAUAAAACACCCAGGAGUCAAAAGAGAAAAGAUUUUUUUUUUUUUUUUUUUUUUUGAGACUCAAAGGAUCACCUGGAUGUGGACCAGUCCUUUGAUCCAAAAGGACAAGCAAAUCAACAUGGUUGCUACAGGCAGAACUGAGACCAGCCUCGCUGGGUGAUGAGGACAAACAUUGGUAACAGGGCCAUUUAGAGCAGUAGAACCCACACUGGUGCAGUCUACAGGGCGUAGGAUGCUCCCUGCACCAGCUUCCCACCUUCACUCGUGGCAUCCGAGGUGUUGGGAUAACUUUGUUUACUCCAGCAGCCAUAAAGUGAAAUGCAAGUUUCUCUAUAUUUGCCCGGAAGAGGCAAUUAGGAUUCCAUUUCUCUUACAUUUAAUUGUUUUUAAUGGGGAGCAAUUGAUGAUGGCAAUACAUAAAAUCCACAUUUUUAAGACAAUGUUUCUUCAUGUUGCAAACACAAUCUAUUCUACAGGAAGGGGUUGAGAAAGAGGGAGAAAGCCAAACCAAAUGGAUUGUCUUAGCUUUAGGAUCUCAUCUGCUUAUAGUAUUGACUAAUUUGCUGUUUAUGAGAACACAUUUUCACAAUUAUGUUUCUUCAUAUGAAAACUAUAUUUAGUGGGCAACAACUAUUUUUAUGAUGGGAUGGGGGGAGUAUAUCCAUGUGUAAAAUCUGUACACAUUCAACAGCUUGGCUCAAGAUGGUAGGGGUAUUUUUAGAAUGGCAAUAAUUGAAAAAGGGCAAACUCUGCCUUAAGAGGCAGAGGACGGGAAAUAAAAAGGUGUUUAUGUUUUAUAUUAUAAAGUGGACCUUGGUAGGAAGAAUGAUAGAUUAUUUUGGAUCGAUCAGAAGGGAAUCAUAAAAGGUCAUGAAGGUAGACAGAGAAACAGGGAGGGAGAAAGUAGGAAAAUAAGGCAUAAGAGAGAUUAUUUUUGCUGAGCAACCAGCGUUUUUCAGGAUGAUAAAGAGAAAAAUACAGAAUAGAAAUUUAAGCGCAGGCUUGGAAUCAGCUACAGAUCCUAAAGAUGGGGUGUGUGUGUGUGUGUGUGUGUGUGCGCGCACGUGUGCACGUGCCUUUGUGUGUUUGGGUAAAGUGUGUGUACAAGCAUUAAAAUUCCAGAAUGAUCAUGGGACAAGGGUGUACAGUUAUUUCCUCCAAAGCUAUUUGCCAGCGUCAGGAGUGAGAAUUUCUUUUUUAUGAAAAGGGAUAUAGAGGCACCGACCUGAUACAGUAUUUGUAAUAUUAAAUCGACCUAACCUGGUAUUUGCAUGAGUCACAAUUGAAAAGUUUUGAGCAGUUUUGUAAUUUGACAUUUAGAAAAGUACCAUAUUUAUUCUCAUGCUUUGUAUUCAUAGCUUAGUAUACUGUAGAGGAUGCCAGGUUUACUCUGUCAUUUAAAGCAAUAUGAUAAGGGUAUUCAAUAAUUGGGUGCCCCGAAUUUCUGGAUGAGAAACAUUUUAAAAUCUGGCCAUGAGAAAAAAAACUGACCAGCCUUUUUUUUCCUGUUUGUUUUAAAACUAUGUUGUUUUUUUUUAAAGAGCAAUAAUUAAGCCAGACCUCACUAAAAUUCCUCUCUGUUUUUAUAUUGUUAAGUCAUAAGCUCUAAUAUGUUAUUCCGACAAGUAGCAAUGUCGCAACAGUGUGUAUGUAGAUGUUAGGCACGUUAUCUUUGCUUCUUUUAAUAGGCUAGUGUUGACUUUAGGGGGGAGAGUUUAUUCACAGACAAGCAGUGGGCAUAACGUACACAUGCAACUGUCUGAUAACUCACAAGGAUCCUUUAAAACUGCCAAGGGAACCUGCCAUUUGAAGCCAAACUCUAGAGGUGGGUCGUGGGCACCAUCGUUGUAUGGGGUAUUCUCCUGAAUAUUCUGAAGGGACACUCAACACAAUGUGCUAGCCGCUGGGGACACAAAGAAGAUCCCUGCUGCAAGGAAUUCAUUUUCGAGUGGCGGAGGCUGGCAUGGAGACAGCCAUGCCCAGGAAAAUGAGGUCUGUGUUAGGGGGGAAGUCCUGACGGGUAAAAUGGGAGGACCCAGGAAGGCCGCCUUGCCUGAGGGUUUCCAGGCUUCCCACGGCAGGCACGGGACCGAAAGCAGCUGGGACGAGACUUGGUGUGUCCCCGGGGCACAGUGGUAGCUAGGAUGGCUGGGGAGCAGAGCGAUUUUAUGAGGGGCACCAAAAAUGGAACUGACUCUGCAUCUGGUAGUGAUACAGACAUGAGAGAGACCAACACCAUCUUUCCUAAGAGGAAACAGCCCUCAGGACCCACUGGCAGGUUUUUGUUCUGUUUUGAAGGAAGCCAUGGACCCACCCACCUUACACCUACAUUUGAAAACAGGGGAUUUGCAGCUGAUUGGGAAACUUAGGAGGUCACACAAUUCAUGGAAUCGCUUUAGAGGCAGACCAGUUGGCCGUUGACUACAGUCGAUUGAACCAGAAGCAUGAAUCGCAUCGCGCAGAGUUCUAGAGCCCACUCCCUUGGUCUGUGCUCCGUGUGUGGAUAAGGCAACAAAUGCAGAGUUCCCAUGACCCCAACCUAGCCUCAAAGCUGCUUAACUAUGGCCCCUACAUGGCCAACAUUUGCUUGUUCCCUCUGCUGCCUUCUGAUGACUGCUCCACUCACUUCCGAUCCUAUUCAAAUGUAAAUUAACAGUUCCCUUGCAAGAGCCCGAUUUUCUCUGCGCUCUUGAGUUUUUUAUUCCUUCCGAAAACAUUGGGCUUUGUACAUAGCACCGUGCUAGGCUCUGGGAUCCCAAAUGAACCCCUUUAAUCUUCUGAAAAUGCAAUAGACCCCAGGAGGAGGGUCCUUCCUGCCUAAUCCAUCAAGAGGAAGAGGCUUGUCGGAAAAAUGGGCCUCUGAUGCUCGUCCCUGCCCCCAAAUGGCACGAAAGCUUGUUAAUCUCAACUAUAACAAAUGUUUAGAUGCUGUAGAUGUUCAAAGCUUUCCUGAAAGCGUUCCUUUCCACAGUGUUUAUACAUGCUCCCAUUCCUCCGGAGCUGAUUACUGACAUGCCUUGGCUUUCUCAUCCAGAAAUUAUGGAAACAGGGUCUGUCAGUGGUAGGAGGCUGAGCUGUGUUCUACUCGGAUGACACAAUGCGAUUUCCUUGCCUCUUUACACUUCUGCAUGCUGCCCACCCUAGACAAUGACAUAUAAGCAGUAUAUAGAUCAGUGUCCACAUAUACACACAACACAACACAUAUAAAGCGUCACAAGAAACACUAAAACAGUGUUGACUCUUGUCUCUGAAGACAAACAUUUUUCCAACUAAAUAAUGGAUGUAAUUAAACUAUGUAUUGAAAAAAAAAAUAGCCUAAGUGUUUAGAGAUGGUGAAUAUAUCCAGUUUUAGUGACAGAACCAAUUUCCUGAAUUUUAAGCAUUCAGUGAGUGAGCUGCCAAUUUUGAUUUUGUGUUGCCCUUUACCCAAAGGACUUUUUUUUUUUUUUUUUUUUUUUGGAGGAGGAGGAGGGGGGAAAGCAGCAAUACUGUGUUUGAAAAUUAUACUCUGUAUCUGGCUCUCCUGUGUAUGUUAACCACUUAAAUGUUAUUAUCCUGCUUCGGUUUUAUAGUGAUUGUGAGGCAUUCAAUGCAAGUAUACAAUUAUUUUCUCAUUAAAA